CUUCGUGGCUAGCGAAGGUCCACCGAGCGCCGCUCUCGGACCGCGCACCCGACACCGAGCCGCCUGUCGCCCCGCGACUCACAAGUCCGGGGUUUACCUCGUUUGCUGCGUUUGAGGCUCUUGUCAAGGCGGACCUCGUGCGUCUGGGAACGUACUUCUCGCCGCCGAAGGAUCCAGGACUGGCGGCUGUGGCGCCCUGCGCAGCUCAACUGGUGGAGCACGCCGGUCCGUCACCCGUAUUCGAGCUUGCCCGCCGUGUUGCCUACCUGGAACUGCUCCUCCUGCGUCUCGGGCAAGUGUUCGAGCGGAAGAGACCGGUCGCACGACCAGAAACUCAGAGCAGCACGAAGUCCAGAAUUCAAUGGGUCAACGCAGCGAUCGGCGCUACUCCGCGACGUGAGCCACCGAGUCGGUCCGCGCUCACCGUCGCAGCCACCAUAAAUCCGAAAAGCGCCAGUUAUGCGAAUGCCGCCGUCCAAACCCUGGGCAUCGCGGACCAACCGGGAGCCGCCUCGCGCACUCCCACCAGCCGAGACGAAAAAACGCCGAAAACGUUCGCGCGCGGUGUGCAAGCGAAUGUUCUUCCCACGCGGGACGCAAGCGUAAACACCAAUCCAGUUGUGUUCGGGGACGAAAGCAAAGCGCCACGGCCUGUUUUGUCCGUACGACCGAUUUUUGCAUCGUCUUUCGCAACCACAGGUGUACAAACGGAACCGCCAGUCGCCAAAGUUUCCGUGGCCGUUCAAAGCCGACCCGAAAUGUCCACCGCCGAGGCACAAACUUCCAUCGCUCUUGCCGACAUCGAGGCGUGUUUUCCGUUCACAAUUGACGAUAGUGUAAGCAGCAGCCCGCGCAGCAGCGCGGAGAAACAAGACGACCCGCCGAUGAAAAGUCUCGACGGUGCGACCCCCGCGCCAGGAACCAACGACCCUGGCGGUCGAACUUCGGUCGCAGUGGAUGGCGUGCGAGUUCGCGCCGACAGUCCAUUUUCUUGGUUGCGUUUGUUUCCCUCUAAAGCAGAGAGAAAGAAGCAAAGCACAGCGGGCGCAGAGCAGAAGAACAACACGAAAGCGACCACAUCAACAUCAGAAGCCAAAACUUCAGUGCCUGUUGUUCCCGCCGCGCCACCCUCGCCGGGCAAGCGAAGACGCGACGCCGCGGUCGAGCAAGAGCAGAAGAUAGCGAAGUUGAAGCGCGCUCUGCAGCUCGAGAAGGAUUUGGCACAGGGCGUGUGCGCGGAGAAUAGCAAGUUGGAGGACGAAACCCGGAAGUGGAAGGCAAAGUACGAGGAGGAAGCAACACUGAGGAAAAAACUCGAGGGGACCGCGGCCGACUUGCAGAAGGAGGUGAAACGCAUGCAAAAUGCGCACUUUCGCCACCACAGCUGGUCGGUACCGGUGAAGAACAGGCUUGCGGGAAGCACGCGCGAGAUCGGCGUUGGGACGGUGCGCGGACCAGAAUUUCUUCCCGUAACCGUUGCGGUGCAAACGGUCACGGAAAUGUCGCCCCGCGGGCCGCUGAUGAAUUCCGGAAUGUUUGCCUUCGCAAAUAGGUCGUGAGGCAAGCUUUUUUAGUUCUUCGUGCAAUCGAUAUAGUUGCGGGGACUCUAGAUGAAAACACAGUAAACACGUUUCUUCAUAUACAUACGAAAGGAAAAAGGAUAGCAAGCAAGAGGAAGUAGCAUGUGACAAAGUGAGAUCAUGUUGAAGUAGCGAUAUCCAU